GUGAAACCUGCUGUGACCCUUCAAACUCCAGACAUUCCUAAAAAAAAAAACUGAUCCAAACAUUCACCGUUUUCUUUUCUUUUUUCUUGCUUUGGCUUAAGUUGUUUUGAGCACACGCCCCGCCCACAGAACCAAAUCCCCACAGCAUUCCCCAUUUUACAGAAGGAGCUCCAGACUUGUUUAUAGGAACUGUGGCUUUUAAAAAGAAAGAAAGAAAAGAAAUAAAGAGAAAACAUGAUGGAGCUGUUUAUUAUUUCGGUCGUGAUUGCGAGUCUCCUCAUCAUACCGUUCGCGAUCAAAACGUUUCGCCCCUAUCUGUGGAUGGACAUUGUGUACUUCGGGGUCCUGCUGCGGAUCCUGGCGAAGUUCGUGUCCAGGCGCAGGAGGAGGCCCCUCUUCUUCGUCCUGGACCGCUUCUUGGAGCAGUGCGCCGCGCGUCCGGACAAGACGUUCGUCGUGUUCGACGGCGAGAGCCACUCGUUCGCGCGCGCGGACGCGCGGAGCAACAAGGUGGCCAACGCGCUGCGGACGCGCCCCGGGUUCGAGGCCGGCGACACCGUCGCCCUGUUCAUGGGGAACGAACCCGCCUUCUUGUUCACCUGGCUGGCGCUGGCCAAGCUGGGCUCCCCCUCGGCUCUGCUCAACCACAACAUCCGCGGCAAGUCUCUGCUGCACUGCUUCAGCUGCUGCAGGGCCAGGGUGUUGAUAGCAGCCGCAGAGCUAAAGGACGCAGUGGAGGAUGUGCUCCCCUCGCUGAUACAGCAGGGCGUCACUGUGCUCCUGAUGACCAAACACUGUGACGCACCUGGAAUCGAGAGCUUCUCCGAUAAAGUGGACGAGGCGUCCGACGCGCGGCUCCCUCGAUCCCUCAGGUCGCACGUCACCUUCAAAAGUCCUGCAGUUUAUAUCUACACCUCUGGAACCACAGGUCUCCCCAAGGCAGCCGUGGUUAAUCAGAACCGCCUCCUCACGGCUCUGGCUAUUUUAUCCUCGAACGGCGUGACACCCAGUGACGUCAUCUACCUCAACCUGCCUCUGUACCACACAGCUGGAUUUUUAAUCGGUUUCAUUGGCUCGAUCGAAACAGGAUCAACUAUCAUUCUGAAGAGGAAGUUUUCUGCCUCUCAGUUUUGGGACGACUGCAGGAAAUACAGUGUGACCGUUAUCCAGUACAUCGGCGAGGUGAUGCGUUACCUCUGCAGCACUCCAGGGAGAGAAAAUGACAAGGACCAUAAAGUAAGACUGGCCAUUGGUAAUGGAAUCAGAGCCGACAUAUGGAGAGAGUUUCUCAGUCGCUUUGGGAACGUCCAGGUCCAAGAGUUUUACGCCUCCACUGAGGGAAAUGUGGGAUUUGUCAACUAUGCAGGGAGAAUUGGAGCUAUUGGACGUGUCAACUUUUUGCAUCGGAAGUUCUUUCCCUACACUCUCAUUAAAUAUGACACAGAGCGAGAUGAACCCGUUCGAGAUGCCAAUGGCCUCUGCGUGGAGUCACCCAAAGGUGAGACUGGACUACUGGUGUCGAGGAUCACAGACAUUGCCCCUUUCGUUGGCUACGCCGAGAACGAAGAACAAACCGAGAGGAAAAGACUUCGUGAUGUUCUCAAGAAAGGGGAUCUUUACUUCAACAGCGGGGACCUAAUGAGGAUCGAUGAGGACAACUUCAUUUACUUUCAGGAUCGUGUAGGCGACACGUUCAGGUGGAAAGGUGAGAAUGUGGCCACAACUGAGGUUUCGGACAUCUUGACGAUUAGCGAUUGUCUUGAAGAAGCCAACGUUUAUGGAGUCCAAGUGCCAGGGCAUGAGGGGCGGGUAGGAAUGGCAGCUAUCACUGUGAUGGAAGGUGCCGAGUUCGAUGGAAGAAAAAUAUAUAACCACGUGGUCAGCCACCUGCCCUCAUAUGCCCGACCUCGGUUUAUAAGGACACAGAAUGCUGUGGAGGUGACUGGGACUUUCAAGCAGAUGAAGAUGAAGUUAGUGGAGGAGAGUUUUGAUCCGGGACGAAUCGCUGACUCUCUCUAUAUCCUUGAUGAUAAUGAGAAGAGUUACAUGCCGCUGACAGCUCAGAUCUACUGCUCCAUCGUGUCAGGAAACAUCAAACUAUGAGCAGGUGCUAAGUUGUUCACUAGCUGUGCAGGAUUGCAGACUGGUUGUAUUGAUACUUUUUGUAAUGAACUCAGGUAACAAAUCUCAAAACAGCAUUUGUGUGUGCUAAACCAAUAUGGAAACAUUAACACCUUUCUUAAAAGCAGUACGUCGGAAUCAUAAGACUUUAUUUGUUGGGGUUCAUGUCAGGGGCCAGAGUCAGCCUGCAAGGGGAGGAGGGAGUUUGAUGUGUAUUACAUAUUUACUGGCAAGUGAUGAUAUAAAUAGUAUAUUUACUCGUAUGAUGGCUACAUUCCAGUAUGAGGACCGCUGCUUUUACUCAAUCUGGUCUAAUAAUGGUGUCGCUCUUGGUAUGGCUGCUGCAAAUACUUUGCUUUUAGGAAAGAUGUUAGUAGUGCAGGGGUGGAGAACCUUUUUCCCAUCAAGGGCCAUUUCACGGGCGAUACUAAACCCUAUUAACGCGAUGACUGGAUCUGCUUCCCUUUGGCGAGGCGUGUCAUGUCUAGUGAGAGUGCUAUGCGUGACUUGCAAACAUUGAUUUCUCACUGAUGUCUCCUCCUGAACGAGGUUUUUAAGCGUCUUAAUUAUUAGCUGGCUUGCCACUAUACGUGCAUGCAUGGCAUUGUCUCGGUCAGAAUGUGGACAGAAUGAAAGCUGCUUGUAGGAUACCUCCCUGAGUUGAAGGGCCUUCAACAUAUCCUGUCACAGUUUGUCCUUCUAGCCAGCCAGGUUAGCCUGUUUUGAGCUGCACUGAGGCUUGGCUUGGUCGUUUGUUCAUUUCUACUGGCCAGCCACCACGUUGCUUAUCAGCGAUUAAGCAUAACAUUUAGGUGUGUGUUUUGUAAAUCCGUUCAUCCUGACCAUGACCUGACAUCCAGCCAGAAGGGACCAACUCGAAGGACAAGUUAGUCCACUAUUUUCUUUUAUCUUACGAAAAAAGAAUUAUGUCAUGAGAAUUUUUGUUGUUUCUGAAUUCCUUUUUUCUUAUAAUAAUUCCUUUAAAUCUUAUAAUAGCAUAUCAUAAAAUGUCAGGCUGGAUCAAAUUGUCUUGCAAGUGUGUAUAUGGCCCGGAUGACAGAGGUCCCCCACAUCUGAUGUAGUGGUGUACAGGGCCUGAUGCAACACUUAUAUUAAUGUGACAAUAACUGUAAAAGCAAAUUACUUCCCUAAACAUUAAAGUGAUUCCUAUUGUGAAAACAGAA